CUCGGUCGGAUCACGCAAUUCAUUUUGAAAAGUAGAACGUUGCUCCCAACGGCUAGAUUUUUCUUGGGAAAGUAGCGCUCUACUCUCGGUCAAGUUAAUAGAUUUCGAUCCCAUAAACAAAGACGGACAGAAGCUGAGUAGCCUCGCCAGACAGCGAUUGAUCGAAUUUCAAUAGAUUCUUUUGAUGAUGGUACAAGCGGGAGGAGUUGUCGAGAGUAACCAUGCGGUGGCACCACCCCUUCCCCACCCGCCUCAGCGGCGGCCCAGGGUGAGAGAAGUCAGCUCUAGGUUCAUGUCUCCAGUGGCAUCCUCGUACUCUGGUGAACUAGCCAAAUCGCCUCUUCUCAAGCAGCUGCGCUCGAUCUCAGCACAGCGGCAAAGGCGGCACCUGGAAAUGGAGGCAGAUGAGAACAGGCCUGCCCCUUCUGAGACUCCACGGAGCUUGGAAUCCUCGUUUGUCAAUACUAAUAGUAAUAGUAACAUUCAAAAGAAACAUCACCCCUCCAGAACCUAUAGCGAUAGUGGCAAAUUAUUUGGGAGAAGUACAACAGGUGCUCCUUCGAAGCCUGACACGCCCACGCCCACCAUCAGCAGUUUUGACAGAACCGCAACAUUAUCAUCAUCAUCAAGAAUAAGAUUAAACCACCGCUCUGCCAACAUAUCAUCAACGGCCACAGCCUCAGCCGCUGCGAGGCUGUUGCAAUCUAGCGGGAUGGCCUUAUCAUCAAAACCAAAUGUUUCAUCUCCCUCUCAGGAGGCCUCUUCCGUUUCUUCCAACGACAUGGGCAGCACAACUCGUUCCCUUAUAAAUUUCUGCUCUUCCAUGCCUGAGGCAGAUCUGUUACCUUCCGUAUCCACUCGAUUGCUCACAGACAGAAAUGUCAAUAACGUUGUCGACUCAUCGAAACUCCCUGCUUCCCCUCUCUCCCGCUCUCUGAAUUCACCGUUAUCUAUUUGUGAACCGUCUCUAUUUCAUCAUCCAAAUCCUCCAAUAAAGGGCGUUUCUACUAGGAUGGGGCCCCUUUCCCUGCCUCCGGUCCCUUCCCAUACAAAGGCCGGGACGGAUGCAAUAAGGAGGCCUAAGAAAAUUUCCAGUCAUCAAGAAGAUCUGCAUUCCGUAAAAUUGCUUCACAAUUAUUACCUGCAGUGGAGAUAUGCCAAUGCAAAGGCAGAAGCCUCCAUGCAAAUUCAAAAAGGAGAAACUGAGAGAACACUUUAUUCUCUUGAAGUGAAGAUAGCAGAGUUGAAUGAUUGUGUGAGAAGGAAACGCAUUGAACUUGAACUUCUGCAAAGAAUGAAAACCUUAUCAAAGAUUCUGGAAGCUCAAAUGCCAUAUCUAGAAGAAUGGUCCGCCUUUCAAGGGGAUUAUUUAAAUUCAUUGGCAGAAGCAAUUCAAUCUUUGUUGAACACUUCUCAUCGACUUCCAAUCAGUGGGAAUGUUAAGGCAGAUACAAGAAAGGUAGGGGAGGCAAUGAAAUCUGCAAUAAAAUGGAUGGAAAUGAUACUUUGCCAUGUUCAAAGCUUUAUGCCAAAGGCUGAAGAAAUGGAAAGAUUGAUUUCAGAAUUAGCCAGAGUGGCAGUUGGGGAAAGAGCUCUUAUUGACGAAUGUGGAGAUCUAUUGUCCAAGACAAAUACAUUCCUGGUGGAAGAGAGCAGUUUAAGAGGGCAGCUUAUGCAGUUGCAAUUGAUUCAUGUCCCAGUAAACUCCAACCAUAUGUGAUCUUCAGCUACUAGCUUGAGACUGAGCCAAAGAAACUUUUUGUUCUUUUCCUUUAUCACUCAGAAGAAAUUCCUCAUGUGUAUGUAUUUCCUUAAAUAUGUACAAAAUAAUAAUUGAAAAGUUGUGCUUUGUGAAUAUUUAUUAUUACACACCUUUUUCUUUUACUCGAUUUGGGAAGUUAUAGUUCUCCAUUA